AUAGCGCACUGCUGCAUGUCCGUGUCCUGGUGAGGUGGUCCCUGGGUGAGUGCGGGCAGAACAACUAUGGAGUAUCAGUCAUCUCAGUCUGUCAGUGAGGAUGCCGGUCAGGAUGGUAUUUGAAUCGUCAGUGACCCAGACACAAGCCAACAUGGACUGGCAUUUCACCCAAGCUCAAAGACCAGGGCCCAGUGGAACACAGACUACUGAGGAAGGUGGGGUAUGGCCAAACAACCCUGUGGAAACAGAGAGACUUCAAGCAAUGAUCCUGGCCUCUGCAAGUGAAGCAGCUGAAAGUUCCAAUAUUGGAGGAGGAACAGGUACUAUGGGUUUAGGAGCAUGCUAUGGUCCUCAGUUCACCCUUCAGCAUGUGCCUGACUACAGACAAAAUAUAUAUAUCCCAGGAACAGCUACACUGGCGAAUGCUGCUCGUAAACAAGAGGGAAAAUCUGCGGCGCCAUCAGGAGGGAACAAAAAGAAAUGUGCCAAAAAAGAGAAAAAAAUAAUCAUGUGUGGCAAUUGUUUCUUUAUCGCAAAUUAGCAGAUUAAUUCUCUAAGCACUUAACACAAACUGGGAUUAUUGGCUGAAUAACAUUAAAAUAGAUAGAAUAAUUA